CACACUUUUUCGGAAGUUUUCGUUUUCAGCGGUUGGGGUUGCGAAGCGAUCCAUUAAUAUACUAAAGUAGAUUUCAAAACAUUUAUCGGAAACUAUAAAAAUAUUCAGUAAUUAAGUAUACACUUGAUUACAGGCUUGUUAAAUAGGAGAAAUAAAUGGAUGAGGCUAAAUUACAUGGGAAAAUGUUCUGCAGGUUAUGUUUGAUAUCAACUAAUGAUUAUCAGCCUUUGGAAGGUGUACUUCAUGAUAUGUUAGAGGCGAUAUUAAUGAAUACGUGUUUGCGAGCUACCGAGAACCCAAUUAUUUGCAGUACCUGCGAACAGAAAAUCCAGAAAGCCUUUCAGUUCAAAUCCACCUGCGUUAAUACGGAAGUAACCCUAACGCACUUUACCCCUCCCCAACAAGACUCCAAAGUAGACCUGAAGAUGGUGUAUUGGAUAGAAAAAGGCACUUGUGAAUUAACUCAGUAUGAGGAGGAUCUCAAAAUAUGUCGGAUUUGCGUGGAUCUUAUAAAAAAUAACGAGUACGCAUCACUUUUAGAUACUGUGGAAUUCAAUGAGUUGGAAGACAUGUUUAAAAUAUAUAUUCCGGAACUGACUUUGAACCUAACUGAAAAUCCCCUAAUUUGUGAAAAAUGUAUAGAAAACUUCAGGACCUUCUCCGCUUUCAUAUCGACUUCUCUAGAUACGGAAACUAAAAUAAAGAGCUAUUGCGAGGAAAAGAAAACUGAAGACGAUGAUCAAGUUGACUUGGAAAAAAUUAUACCCCCUGCAAAUACAGUUGUUCAAAAACCCGAAGAUAAAAAAGAUUUCAAUAUAAUGAAGUUGUUCAAAAACGAAAACCUCCUCUGCGACUUGUACGGAGACAGUGAUAUGGAACUGAAUGAUCACUUGAAUGGCGUCGAGGAAAAUGAAAGGAAAAUAAUGAAGCUGAUAAUAGAAGAAGAUGUUGAUUCAUUUUAUAAGGACAGACCAGAUUUCGAUGGGCAUGAUGUCGAUUGCGAAGAAACUGAUGUUGAAAUCUUCAACCCGUUUCCGAAGCUAUCAUCCACCUGGGACCUGUCGAGUUCUUUCGAGGACAGUCCCAAACACGACCAGAUCCCCGAGUUGGAAUCUCCGCAGCCUUCAAGCAGCGAAGAAAACUCCCUCUCUCCGGAACCGACCUUCAAAAAAUGCCUCGACUGUCGCCUCAGGAGCCCCGAAAAGAACGGCAGGUGCUUUGGGUGCGAGGAGAAGAACUACGACUCGGAAGACAGCAAAGAAGAGUGGAAGAAAGAGUACCCCAGCCUGAACUCUACGAAAAUCUCGUCUACCAAGAAAGCGAAAAAGGAGGGACGCAAGUGCCGCAAGGUGUAUGGCGUCGAGUACAAGGGUUUGUGGUGCACCCAGUGCCGCUGGAAAAAAGCCUGCACCAGAUUCUCCAAUCGGUCGGUGACGAGACGAUGAAGUUCGAUGUUUGUGGAGGGAAAUUAAUCUGUGAUGAUGCAAGUCGUUUCUUUGACUGGACGCUCGUGCGAGUGACAUCGGAAACAUCCAUUUGUGGUACUUUAGAUGUAACAGUAGGCUACUAUUUGAUAGGGUGUAUAUAAGUAGUUUUAGGCGACGUGUCGGUUAGUUUUCGUUUUUAGUAAUCAAAUUGGCAUCGUCUUGAGUUUUGAAUUCGCUUCGUAACGAAAGGAACAGCAACAAAAUAUUCGUUUUUCAAAGUGUAUAUUUUUGGAGCACUCUGUAUACAAUAUCGCUUUUUAGAAGCUUUGCAAACAUGUCUUUGACACUUCAGAGUCAUUUAUAUGAAUACCAUUCCAUCAUCUGAGUUCCAGCUGUUUUCCACCUAGCUUAAUUGGGACCUACAACUUAUAAUUACAACUUUUUUAAAUCCCAAUUAAAAUUAUAUCUCUUAUAAUUGGAAUCCACAACUUAUAUUUACAACUUCUUUAAAUCUUAUUAUGAUUCUAUCUCUUAAUUGGGAUCUACAACUUGUAAUUACAACUUUUUUAAAUCCCAAUUAAAAUUAUAUCUCUUAAUUGGUACCCACAACUUGUAAUUACGAAUUUUUCAAAUUCUUAUUUCAAUUAUAUCUCUUAAUUGGAAUCCACAACUUAUAUUUACAACUUCUUUAAAUCUUAUUAUAAUUCUAUCUCUUAAUUGGGAUCUACAACUUGUAAUUACAACUUU